AUUUCGGUUUUUGCUCAUAACGCGAGAGAGUUAUACAGGAGUUUCAGUAGUAGUCGCGAGACUAGUCACGUAUUUAAUUUAAUGCUAUACACUUGUAAUUUUAUAUUUAUUAAAAGGUCAAAAUGAAAUCUGCUGUAAAUUGUAUCUUGAAAUAGAGUAAGACAUGUUAACUUUACAUUUAGACGACUAGUUACAUUGGCUAGCUAACUAAACUUGCCUCCAGUUCUCAAUUCUCAAUGGCUUCACCGGAGCCACUGCAAUAACAGCAGUCUAGCUAUUUAGCCAAAGUUAACGUUAGCUAGCUUUAGUAGUUGUUCGGAAAGGGAUAUAGAAUAUCUAGAUACCAAACGAGCUGUUUUGCUUCCUGAUUUCUAAAGAAAAUUUACUGAUCCAUAGCUAAAAAAAAUAGUCGAAGGAGCUAUUUUACAAGCUUAACCAGCUAGCUAACAUUAGCUAGCUAAUUUGAAAAGACUUGGUUUAGGAAGCUGGUCUAGCUAACUAUCGAUAGCGUGCAGCCAGCUAGUUAGCUUCGCGUUGUUAUCGUCAGCCAGCUAGCUAUUUUUCACCAGCACUAGCUAACUAGCAAGUUUUUUAAAAAAGUAAAGUGUCAACAGCUAUUGGAUUUUGAGCUGGGUUUUCGUUUCCUUUGUUUUGAAAAGGGACUUAAUCUGGUGCUGUACCAGAUAAAGGCUUUACAAGCCGUCGUGGUUUGCUGGAUGGCUCCUCAGAAACCGAACACGGGGGUUGGUAGUUCAGGCGCAGGCCACGUUAUGGGAACCGGUACCGGUUGCAGAACCAACGGUGCUGUCUACCCGUCUUCAGCUGUUAUGAUGGCCUCGGUGAAGAAGCCGAAGAUUGAACACAUUCAAGCCGACCAUGAACUGUUCUUGCAGGCCUUCGAAAAACCUACUCAAAUCUAUAGAUUCCUUCGCACAAGGAAUCUGAUUGCGCCUAUAUUUUUGCACAGAACUCUCACGUACAUGUCCCAUAGAAACUCAAGAACACACGCCAAAAGAAAGUCUUUCAAAGUGGAUGACCUGCUGCUGAAGGUGGAGAAGAUGAAGGGGGAUCAGGAGGCGCUCAGUUUGUCAUCUCAUCUGCAACUUACAUUUACUGGAUUCUUCCAUAAGAUAGAAAAGCCAUCGCAAAACUCAGAGAAUGAGCAGAACUCUGUGUCUUUAGAGGUGCUACUUGUUAAAGUCUGCCAUAAAAAACGAAAGGACGUCAGCUGCCCAGUUAAACAAGUGCCUACAGGUAAAAAGCAGGUGCCUUUGAACCCGGACUACAGCCAGGCCAAGCCCAGCAGCUUCCCCUCCCUGCUGGUGUCCAGCAGUGAGUUUGAGCCCAGCAACAGUCACAUGGUCAAGUCCUACUCCCUGCUGUUCAGAGUGUCCCAGCCGGGCAGGAGCCUUCUGAACGGCCUUUCCAACGGGGAGACUGAUGAAAACAUCGAUGUUGCGGAAGAGCUUCCGAGCAGAAAGAAGAGGAGCUCCUCCCACAGAGACGGUGAAGAAACCAGCUUUGUCGCACAGAUGACGGUCUUUGACAAGAACAGGCGCUUGCAGCUGUUGGAUGGGGAGUACGAAGUGUCCAUGCAGGAGAUGGUGGAGUGUCCCGUAGGCAAGAAAAGGGCCAGUUGGGAAACCAUUCUGGAUGGGAAGCGGCUGCCUCCGUUUGAGACCUUCUCUCAGGGACCGACGCUGCAGUUCACCCUCCGCUGGACCGGCGACGCCCACGACCGGCCCACCGCCCCGGUGGCCAAGCCGCUGGCCACCCGCAACUCGGACGCCAGCGCGGUGGAGAGCCGCCCCAGCAUGCUCAGGCCUGCGCCAGUCGCUGUGAAGGAGUCGAUUGCCACAGAUAUUCAGGCAAGAAGGGAGCAAAUCCUUGUUGAACCUCGUCAGAAACUGCGUAUAUUUUAUCAGUUCCUGUACAACAACAACACCCGGCAGCAGACGGAGGCGCGGGACGACCUGCACUGCCCCUGGUGCACGCUCAACUGCCGCCAGCUCUACAGUCUGCUCAAGCACCUCAAGCUGUCCCACAGCCGCUUCAUCUUCAGCUACGUGCCUCAUCCUAAAGGAGCCCGGGUAGACGUGUCCAUUAACGAGUGCUACGACGGCUCGUACGUGGGGAACCCUCAGGACAUCCACAGCCAGCCCGGCUUCGCCUUCAGCCGCAACGGCCCCGUCAAGAGGACCACCGUCACCCACAUCCUGGUGUGCAGGCCCAAGCGCACGAAGCCCAGCCUGUCGGAGUUCCUGGAGUCGGAGGACGGGGAGCUGGAGCUGCAGCGCACCUACAUCAGCGGCCACAACCGCCUGUACUUCCACAGCGACAGCUGCAUGCCCCUGCGGCCGCAGGAGAUGGAGGUGGACAGCGAGGACGAGCGAGACCCCGAGUGGCUGAGGGAGAAGACCAUCACGCAAAUUGAAGAGUUCACCGAUGUUAACGAGGGCGAGAAGGAGGUGAUGAAGCUCUGGAAUCUGCACGUGAUGCAGCAUGGAUUCAUAGCAGACAAUCAGAUGAACCAGGCCUGCAUGCUGUUUGUGGAGAAGUGCGGGCCCUACAUCGUGGAGAAGAACCUGUGCAGGAACUUCCUCCUGCACCUGGUCAGCAUGCACGACUUCAACCUGGUCAACACCGCGACCAUAGACAAGGCCAUGGGCCGCCUGCGGGGGAUGCGGGACCCGCCGGAGAACGGGUGCGACACGCCCCGCGCCGACGGCGGCAGCUGCCUGGGGGACGGGGACGAUGACGACGCCGCCAACGCCGUCGAGGAAGCUUCCGGAGAUCCCAGACACAGCGAGCACCUGAAGCUCUGAAGCUCUAAAUCCCUGGCGGAGGGGGAUAACCUGGGACCUGGGGGCAGACCGUGGCAGAAGAACAGGCCAGCGGUGGACUCGGGGCAGACCGAUGCAUUCCAAGCAGGGCGCUGGGGGGGUGUCGUGCGCACGGUCCGUUUCGGUGCCCCCGAGCUGUCGAUCGAUCGCCUUGACGAGCCGUCGUUUGGAGAACGUCCCCUUUUUGUCCUCGUUUCCGUUUGUGUCAUUUGCAUUCACCUGUGUCACAGUCUGGGUUGGAAUACUUGUCCCCCUUAUCAGAUAGUUGUUAAACGGUGUCAUAAGAAUACUGCAUGUAUGGUAUGGCUGCAUUAUGAUAAACGAUCAUGACUAUGUCCCGUCUCUCCUCUCUUGUUAACAGUUGGCCAUAUGAUUCAUUUGUAAUGUAUUUUAGCACUUGUCUUGUUCUAGGUGCCUACUUGGGGUGGGGUGGGGGGGUUUAAUGUGUUUGAAUAGAAUCUUUUUAAUGCAGCGGUUGCCUGAUGCAUUCUGAAGUUUUAAACGGAGCUUUUUGUUUUGUUUGUUUUCUUUUACAUUUUUUUGUUUUUUUUAAUUUUUUCUGUGAAAGGUUAACCUCUUGCAGAAUGCAGUGCUGAGAUUUUUGAGUAGUGCCAGGUCACUAAGGGCGGCCCAUCCCGACGCCUGGACUCGCUGCUCACUGCAGACACGGCAGUGCACUUCCGCCCACCGCCGCCGCCACCGCGGUUGGGCGCGGAAGCGGCCUGCCGCCGGCCUUCACACAGGGUACUUUACUGACACGAGACCCGUGCGCGAACACUGAUCACUCAUGAAGAUGUUUACAGAUUUUCCAGUGGAAAUGCAGACUUAUUUUUUGUUUGUUUUUUGUUUUUGUUUGUUUAUUACUACUACUUGGGGUCCGAGCUCUGUCGGCAGGACCCCAGUCGCAUCAUGAUGUCUGUAUGAUCGCUCAUCGCACACUUUCACGUUCGGGGGGAGAAAAAAAAAAAACACUGAAAAUCCUGCUUCGCCCUGAGGAAUGCUCCUCACUCUGGAUCAUGGCAGAAUGAGAAGUCAUUAAACCAAAUAUGGGCAGUUACCGCGUAAUAUCAGUGGCUUUAGCCAAUUAUUUUGCUGCGCUGUGGAGAACAAAGAUUCGAUUGGUUCAAAUGUCAGUGAUUGACAGUUCAUUGUAGCUCCGCCCAUUAUGGGGUUCAUGAAACACCUCUAGUGUCGUGACAGAGCCGUUAACUCCCAUGAAAAGUUGUGUGUAUAGAGUAGUAAUAAGCAGUUGUGUGCCCUGCUCUUGGGAAUCUUGCCUAAUCAAAGGAAAGAAAGUACUUUCAGGGCAAACUCGGUAUGCCAGGUUGAGAAUUGUGUAUGUUGGGUCCACACUCGGUUCAUUUUGGGGGUUACAAGCCAAAGGGGGAGUUUUGGUGCUAUUUUCUGUGAAAUACGUCAUGCUAUAUACUUGCUAUUUUCCUCAACAGUCGCUUUAAUUUGCUAAAGCUGUGCACAUGUAGAAUAAUGGUGGUUUUGGGAAGACCUAUAUUUCUCACACCGACGUAGGGAACUAUGCUUUACAGCUUCAGAAGGCAUUAUUUGCACACAUUGUUUUGUCGCUGGCCCAGAAGAAGAAAAAAAUCACCAAGAAACAACAUUGUUAAAUUUGUUCGAGUUGUGAAUUUUGUAAUAAAGGGAUUACAUAAAAUCCUGUUUUCUAUUUAAAAUAAAAGUAUUUUGUACCAGG